AUGACUUCUAUUCAAAGCUAUUAUAAUCAAAUAGAUCCUUCAUAUACUGUUGUCUAUCCUUCAUCAUUUAUCAAGGCAAUCAUGUGGAAGGAUAAUCCCAAUCUCGUUUCAUAUAAUUUAACAGACAAGAAUAGUAUUCUAAACAUGCUAAAACAACAUGCUAUUACACAAACUCUUCAAAUAGGAUUUGUUUCCUACGGUUUCGAAGGUAGUAAUACCAAACAAUUCUUAAAAGACUUCUUAACAUUUCAUCAACUGGAAAGUGUUGCUCCAUUCAUUUCACAUAGAUACUUUUUCCAUGGUACAUGUCAACCCAAUUUAUUUGAUCUAUUUGAUGUCAUCUUGAUAAGUAGUGAAUUAUUUCCUUUGGCAAUACGGUCUCAUCGAAGUGGAAAUAGAAAACAUGGACUGUAUUCAGCAAGUGACUUUGUGUCAGUUUAUUUAGAACCAUUUAGAGUAUUUCAAUCUUCCUCUGGUGUUGCUUUGAAUUUUCGUAAUCAUUCCCACGAAAUAUUCUGUAAUGAAACUAUUCCUUUAAACAGUAUUUUGAUAGCAUAUGAAGGGGAAAUUGAAAGCUACUUUCGAAUAUUGAAUGGUGAAAACAACACACUGUUUUCAGAAAGUGAAGUAUUGUUUCUGAAUCGUUUCAAUUCUUUUGCAGUUCCAUAUUUAAUUUCUCAAAAUAUUUCAAAUCAAUUGAAAGAGAGCAUUGUGAAUUUCUAUAAUAUUUCACCAAAUUCCACUUAUUUGUCUUUCCUUUUUCCUGAAUGUACCGUCUGUCAAAAAGAUUUUUGCGAAGAUUUUUUUAUUGAAGAUUAUUGGUUUAUUCCAGUAGCAGUGCUAACAAUCUUUCAUUAUCUUGUAUUAUUCAUUUCUGGAGCGUUUAAAAGUCCAGCUUUGAAAAUUAGAUUGUUAGUUCCAUAUUUGUUGCCUUUGGGAUCUCUCUAUUUUGAAACACAAUACAGUCCUAUGAUAGCCAAUGUUUGUCCAUUUGUUAGAAUUAUAUUUGUAGGGUAUAUAAUUACAUGGUUCACUAUUACAUAUGGAUUUACAAUUUUCAGAUUUUACUAUUUGAGAAACUUAUAUCAUAUUAUCUCAAUUAAGAAUGUGGAAUCAACAAAUAAGAAAAUAGCCUUUCAAAGAAAGAUUUCAAGACCCUUUUGGGGUAUUUUAUUGACUGUAGGAAUGGCUUUGAUUGCUACUUUAAUUCUGGGUUCUCCUUUUCUUGUUAUUGUUGAUACUUCAAUUUCAGCUGAAUUUGGUUUUUUAUCAAAUCUAUUAUAUGCAAUAGUUAUUGGAAUAGGUUGUGUAAUUGGUGGAAUUGCCAUCAUUAUUGACGUGAUUUUUAAUAGAAAAAUAUUGAAAGAGAAGGGACUGAAUUAUUAUCUCUUUUUUGAUGAUCCAUUCUUGAUUCGUUUAGAAUUAUUCACUCUUUCCUUAACAAUUAUAUUCAUGGUAAUUUGCUAUUUUGGAAACUAUUAUAUCUUCAAGGUUUCCAUAUUAAUAAUCUAUUGUUUGGUAAUUAUGAGCUCUGGCUUUCUAGCAAGUUUCAAACACAUAUUGACCAAGUUCAUGAAUAGAAAGAAGAAAGAGAUCUCAAAUUUGGAAAUUUAUUUGAACAAUGAUUCUUUUAAACACAUGUUAAGAGAAUAUUGUAUUAAGGAAAUGUCACUUGAAAAUUACAAAUGUUACAUGAGUUUGGAACAAUUUAAAAUGAAGAAAGACAAAGUGAUUGAUUUGGAAUUAAUGAAACAAUUCGAAACGGAUUACAUUUCGUUAAAUUCAAUUUAUGAAGUCAAUAUUCCAUCAAAUGUGAGAAAAUCAUUUUAUGAAUUGAUGAAACAAGUGGAAAGUUCGCAUUCUCAAUUGUGUGAAAUGGCUGAGGAUGGAAAUGAUUUCCAACAAGCAACAAAUUCUCAAAACAUGCCAAUCUAUUCGAAUCUUAUAGAACUAUUGAGUGUUCAUUUACUUACAAAUUUGGGAGAUACUCUUUCAAGAUUAGAAACAACAAAAGAAUAUAAAGUUUGGCAACAACUUUAUGAGAUUCAAUCCAAAUCUGCUGUUAUUUAA